AUUAUAUAUGUGGACAUGACGGUUGCUUUGGCUUCUCUACGUGAGAGAAACAGAGAGAUGGGAAGAGAGAAGUAUAUUCCAUUGUUUGAAACAAAAGAAGCUAGAGGAAGGGUCUUUUACAGGCUCUUCUCUGUGACUGUGUUUCUUGGUAUAUGCUGCAUAUGGGCUUAUAGAAUUAGUAACAUACCAAGAAAGGGAGAAGAUGGGAGAUGGGUUUGGAUUGGGUUGCUAGGAGCUGAGUUAUGGUUUGGUCUUUACUGGGUUAUCACUCAAGCUGUCAGGUGGAAGCCAGUCUUCAGGUGCACCUUCAAGGACAGGCUCUCUCAGAGGUACAAGAAAGAGUUGCCUGAGGUAGAUAUAUUUGUAUGCACAGCAAAUUUCAAGAUAGAGCCACCAAUAAUGGUGAUCAAUACCGUGUUAUCGGUGAUGGCUUAUGAUUAUUCACCGGAAAAACUCAGUGUAUAUCUCUCAGACGACGGUGGAUCAGAAUUUACAUUUUAUGCUCUUUUAGAGGCAUCCAAGUUUGCAAAACAUUGGAUACCAUAUUGUAAGAAAUUCAAAGUGGAACCAAGGUCACCUGCAGUUUAUUUUGCUUCCAAAUCUAAUCUGGAUAAUUCUCAUCACAGUGAGCAGUGGGUAGCUAUUAAGAAAUUAUAUGAAGAAAUGGAAGACCGAAUUGAAACAGCAAUCACGCUAGGUCGAAUCCCCGAAGAAGAACGCUUCAAACAUAAAGGAUUUUCACAAUGGGAUUCAUACUCUUCACGACUUGACCAUGACACAAUUCUUCAAAUUUUGAUAGAUGGGAAAGAUCCGAAUGCCAAAGAUAUUGAUGGGUGUGCUUUGCCUACCCUAGUAUACCUUGCUAGAGAGAAGAGACCCCAGCAUCCACAUCAUUUCAAAGCUGGGGCUAUGAAUGCCUUGAUUAGAGUGUCAUCAAUGAUCAGCAAUGGAUCGAUUAUUCUCAAUCUAGACUGUGAUAUGUACUCAAACAAUUCAUUAUCCAUCCAGGAUGCACUCUGCUUCUUCAUGGAUGAAGAGAAAAGCCAUGACAUUGCUUUUGUGCAAUAUCCACAACACUUUGAAAACCUUACCAAGAAUGAUAUGUACAGCAACUCAUUACGAGCAUCUUUCAAUGUGGAGUUCCAUGGCAUUGAUAGUUUUGGAGGCCCUCUGUACAUUGGAACUGGCUGCUUUCAUAGAAGAGAUGCUCUUUGUGGAAGGAAAUUCACUAAAGAUUGCAAGUUGGAAUGGAAGAAAGAUGAUGAUCACAAGAGACUAAAAAGUAUACUAGAAUUAGAAGAAGAAACAAAGUCUCUUGCAAGUUGUACUUAUGAGCAAAACACACAAUGGGGAAAAGAGAUGGGGCUGAGAUACGGGUGUGCAGUCGAAGACGUGAUUACUGGGUUGUCAAUCCAAUGCAGAGGAUGGAAAUCAGUGUAUUUCAAUCCAGAAAGGAAGGCAUUUGCAGGUCUUGCACCAACUACCUUGCAUCAGACACUGGUGCAGCAAAAAAGAUGGGCUGAAGGUGAUUUCCAGAUUUUGUUUUGUAAGUAUAGUCCUUUAUGGCAUGCCCAUGGAAAGAUUAGCCUCGGCUUGCGAUUGGGGUAUUGCUUAUUUUGUUUCUGGGCUCCAACCAGCUUGCUAGUACUAUAUUAUAGUAUCAUCCCUUCACUUUAUCUCCUUAACGGCAUAUCCUUGUUCCCACAGGUCUCAAGCCCAUGGUUCCUACCUUUUGCUUAUGUAAUCUCUACUCAAUACAUUUAUAACCUAGUUGAAUUCUUGUGGUGUGGGGGCACAAUCCUUGGCUGGUGGUCUGAACAACGAAUGUGGUUAUAUAAAAGAACAAGCUCCUACUUCUUUGGCUUCGUUGAUACCAUCUUAAAGAUGCUAGGAUUCACUGAUUCAACAUUUGUAAUCACCGCAAAAUUUACCGACGAAGAUAUAUCAAAAAGGUACGAGAAAGAGAUAAUAGAAUUUGGAGAUUCCUCUCCAAUGUUCACCAUCUUAGCAACACUUGCAAUGCUCAACCUGUUCUGCUUCGUUGGAGUUGUGAAUAAAGAGAUCAUGAGUGGGAAUAUUUUUAGGGUUUACAGGACAAUGCCUUUGCAAACUCUUCUUUGUAGUGCUUUGGUUCUCAUCAACAUGCCUCUGUAUCAAGGCCUUUUCCUAAGGAAUGAUGGGGGCAAGUUGCCAGGUUCUCUAGCUUUCAAAUCAUUUAUGGGAAUUCGGCUAAAGGAACUUUACACUGUGGUAAUAUUGGCACUUUUAUCGAGCCUGCAGGCUGUGUUUGGGAUUAGAUUUGUGAUUGAUAGGGAAGAAUGCUUCUCUCAUGAUAUUAAAUAUGAAGGCGAUACCGUUCAUGUUUCCUUUGUCGUCAUCAAGGCUGAUUCAACUUGGCAUUAUACCAAUGAUGGUGUUGAUCUUGUGGUAAAGGGACCUAACGGUGAUCAAAUUCAUGAUUUUCGUGACAAGAUAAGUGAUAAGUUUGAAUUUAUGGCUCGUCAAAGAGGAGUCCACAGUUUUUGCUUCACUAACAAGUCUCCUUACCACGAAACCAUCGAUUUUGAUGUACAUGUUGGCCAUUUUUCAUACUAUGAUGAGCAUGCGAAAGAUGAGCAUUUUAAACCCUUGCUAGAUCAGAUAUGGAAGCUAGAGGAGGCUCUUUACAACAUACAAUUUGAGCAGCAUUGGCUGGAGGCUCAAACUGAACGUCAAGCAAUAGUAAAUGAAGCAAUGGGCCGCAGGGCUAUUCACAAAGCUUUAUAUGAAUCUGCAGCACUAAUUGGUGCUAGCGUUCUGCAAGUUUACCUUCUUCGCCGGCUGUUCGAACGGAAGCUUGGAAUGUCCAGAGUUUAAGCACUACUGCAGAAUAGUCUUUUUUUUUUUUUUUUUUGAAAGCUACUGCAGAAUAGUUUGUACUAUUAUGAUCAGACUUUUAUUUAUUUCCUAAUUGCUUAGGGGAAAAAGGACACAUGGAAUUAGAAACCAUCCAUUUUCAAACAUUGCUGUUUACAUUAUUGAAUUACAGAAGACUGGUUUUUCAAAA